AUGGCGGCCUCGGCGCGGGAAGACGGCGCCCGUAGGCAAGCGCAAGGGCGGCGGGGCUGCGUGCACUAUGACAGAGGAUGUCUCCUAAAGGCACCAUGCUGUGACAAGUUUUAUUCUUGCCAGUUGUGUCAUGAUAACAAUGAAGAUCAUCUGCUAGAUCACUUUAAAGUAAAGGAAGUGCAGUGCAUAAACUGUGAAAAAAUCCAACGUGCACAACAGACUUGUGAAGAAUGUAGCACAUUGUUUGGAGAACAUUAUUUUAGUAUGUGCCAUCUGUUUGACAAAGGUAAGAAACAGUAUCACUGUGAAAACUGUGGAAUUUGUAGGAUUGGUCCAAAGGAAGAUUUUUUUCACUGUCUGAAAUGUAACUUAUGCCUCACAAUAAAUCUCCAAGGAAAGCACAAGUGUAUUGAAAAGGUUUCCCGGCAGAAUUGUCCAAUAUGUUUGCAGGACAUUCACACAUGUAUUGUUGCUCAUGUCUUGCCAUGUGGACAUCUUUUACACAGAACGUGUUAUGAAGAAAUGUUGAAAGAAGGCUACAGAUGUCCAUUAUAUAUGCACUCUGCUUUAGAUAUGACUAGGUACUGGAGACAGCUGGAUGAUGAGGUAGCACAGACUCCUAUGCCAUCAGAAUAUCAGAACAUGACUGUGGAUAUUCUCUGCAAUGAUUGCAAUGGAAAAUCUACAGUCCAGUUCCAUAUAUUAGGCAUGAAAUGUAAUUAUUGUGAGUCCUACAAUACUGCUCAGUCUGGAGGAUGUAGAAUUUCAGUAGAUCAGCAAUGA